GCCAUCUUGUGGCUCUUGCUUCUUUGAUACAGCCUGCCAUAAACGGAAGUGUCUGGGAUUCUACUCAAUCCAUCGCUGCAAAACAGGCAUUUCUAAAGAGAGACGAGCUAAAAGCGUCGGCAUCUCUUCCCACGCCAUCACAAUCCGCUGGGCUCCAUUCAUCAUCGCCGUGCAUUAUUUGGUGUCGCUUUAUCACCGCGGGGCAUGCCCUAGACAUUUACUACAGCAGACAUGCGCAAUUACUAUCAAACGAAGGGGAGGGCAGCUGGGAAUAGAUAAAAGUGAAUAAAUAAGCAAAAUAAAAGGGUUAUUUUAUCCUUAAUGAAUAUAUUUUAUUAUAGGUCUGCGCAAUCGCCUUGAACGCCUUUCUGGGCACAGGAGAGGAUUAAGUUACUGCUGCUGGCAGCGGAUUAUUUUAUUGGCCUCCUGUCACGCCCGCGUCUUUGGUGAUCUUUUUUCCAAUUAAGCGACGUCUCAAAAACCAGACAUGUCUUUCCGGAGAGGUGUCGUCAGGCAGAGCAAAUUCCGCCAUGUCUUUGCACAGGCCUGGAAAGCUGAGCACUGCAUUGACGAUGUUCGAGUCUCCCGGGUGACGUGGGACAGUCCCCUCUGUGCAUCCAACCCCAAAUUUAUUGCGGUUAUCAUCGAAGCUGGUGGAGGAGGGGCCUUCCUCGUCGUUCCGAUCAACAAGAGUGGCAGAAUCGAUCAGUCCUGUCCCACAGUCUGCGGACAUGCGGCACCAGUGCUGGACAUCCAGUGGUGCCCGCAUGAUGACAACAUCAUUGCAAGUGCCUCAGAAGACUGCACAGUGAAGGUGUGGCAGAUCCCAGACGGUGGGCUAACAAAUCCAAUGACUGACGCCAUUGUUACCCUCGAGGGACACAGUAAAAGGGUGGGAAUCCUUGCUUGGCACCCAAGUGCCUACAACAUCCUUUUAACUGCAGGCUGUGAUAACAUGAUUUGUGUUUGGAACGUGGGCACGGGGGAGCUGGUGUACCAGCUUGGUGACGCCCACCCAGACCUGAUCUACAGUGUCAGCUGGAACAAGGAUGGCAGUGCUGUCUGUACGGUGUGUAAGGACAAGGCCCUGCGAGUCAUUGACCCAAGAAGAGGCACUGUCCUUAAGGUCAGAGAGAAGGUCCAUGAAGGUACGAGACCUAUGAGAGCUGUGUUCCUUUCGGAUGGAAAAAUCUUAACCACAGGGUUCAGCCGUAUGAGUGAGAGACAGCUGGCCUUGUGGGAUACAAAGGAUCUCUCUGAGCCAAUGGCAGUGCAAGAAAUGGAUACAAGUAAUGGAGUUCUUCUUCCCUUUUAUGACCCCGACACAAACAUGGUCUACCUUUGCGGAAAGGGUGACUGUACCAUUCGAUAUUUUGAAGUGACAGAUGAAUCCCCGUAUGUUCACUUCCUGAGUUUAUACAGCAGCAAGGAGCCUCAGAGAGGUGCAGGCUUCCUUUGUAAACGAGGCGUGGAUGUAAACAAGUGUGAAAUUGCCAGGUUCUUUAAACUUCAUGAGAGAAAGGUGGAGCCCAUUUCUAUGACUGUCCCAAGAAAGUCAGACCUGUUCCAGGGAGAUCUUUACCCGGACACAGCUGGCUUGGAGCCAGCUCUGCUGGCUGAUGAAUGGAUCGCCGGGCAGGAUGCCCCACCACUGUUGGUGUCCCUCAGCGGAGGCUACACGGCUCCACCAUCUAAACACAGAGACACCCUCAGAAGCAAACCCAAGCUCACCUCUCAGGACUCUGGGACUGGGGCUCCCCCAACUUCACCGGGGAAUGUAGCAGCCGCUCCCACACCUCCACCUACCUCUGUUGCCAAGGAGACAGAAGAAGAGACACCACAACCGAGAGUGAUGGCUAGGGAGACAGAUGGAAACGCAGAGAGGCCGAGGAGAGAGGAGGACAUGUUGGCUGAGUUGUUGGCAGAAAUGAAGGCAUUACGGGCGGUCGUUCUCGCUCAGAACCAGAGGAUUGAGCUGCUGGAGAGGCAGCUGGCCCGGAUUGAAGAUGGGGAUGUAUGAGGAGGCAGAAGGAUCACCACGUUUGGACAUCAUUCUUAAUAAACCAAUAAAGCGUAGCCUUACUAGAGUCAACAGUACCUUAAGCUGUGAGUGGAAAAAUGUAGUGUAGCAACUAACUGUGAUUCGCAGCAGCUUAAGACAAGGUUAACUGCUGUGAUCAAGACAACAACUUGACUUACAGAUGGUUUUUUUUUACAGUUAUGGUUGAAAAUGGAAUGUCAUCUGCAUAGAGUGACAAGGAUAAUGUAGCAGUUGUUUGACGGUUUAGCUUUGAGGUCUGCAUUAUCCACACUUUAAUUUAGAAAGACUUAAGGAGUUCCAGUGAUGCAAAAAAGUAGAUUAACAUUGAAUUCAAUGGAGGUUGACAUAGUAUAGAAAAGCAGUUGAAUACCUCCUAUAUUUCUUUUUCUUUUCCUCUCUCAAACACUCACAAAUGUAACCAUUAGAGUUGUUUAAUCAGGUAGUUUGAGCUGCUAAACUGUGUCAUAUCUGGAUCACUGACUGUGUGACUUGUGCUUAGUUUUCAUUCUUCUUUAUAGUUCACUGUGUUUAAAAGUAGUAGAAAAUCAUCAAGAGUAGAAAAUACUCUGAAAGGCAAACUAUGAGAGCGAGAAUUGUGAGUGAUGGGUGACGAGAACAAAGUGAAAUAGUUCCGUACUUUUUGAUUCUGUGUCUUCAGAGAAAGGUGAAACACUAGUGAUUUUGUACCUCGCGAUGUCAGACGAGAACAGCAGCUACACUUGCCUCUUUCUAUUUAUUACUUUUUUUUUUGUUUGUUUGUUUUUAUGAGUUUUCAGAGGUAUUUCUCACCCCUUAAAACAACCGGGAUUUGCGAUGUUUUGGUUUCUUACAGACAAAAAAUGGAGAGGGGAGGGGGGAGUGCCCAGUAAACAGAAGGCCUGAACUUUGCAAUGUGCAGAAUUUAAAAAACAAAUGUUGGAAAAAAAGAACCCAAGUGAAGUCUCUUAAACACUAUUUAUGUAAAUCAGCACAUUUUCAGCUACAAGAAAGAGGAAGUUUGGUUGAAAUGUGAAACUUUUUCUACAAUUGCAUUUGUAUUUGAUGGUGGAAAGCACUUAUUUUUCUUUCUUUUUUUUUGGUGGGGUUUUUGACAGUACUGUAUCUGUUCAUUAUGUGUAAGUGAGUUAUAGCAUAAAAAUGGUACUUUUUAUUCCAAAUCCAGACAAACUCUUUUAUCACCUUAUUUCUGUAUGCACUGACCUCUGAACACUAACUGUAUAACCAGUAGCAGGUUCAAUGAGACUACAUUGUGAAAACUCAUUAAAAUUUAAUUGCUA